CUUGACCUGUGGCUAUUACAAAUGGACAGCGAUCUAUGCUUGCAAUUGCGAGCCGCUUUGCUGCGCCAUCAAAUCCCUCUCGAGCCAGUCCAGGCUCAAAUCUCUUCCCAGCAGCAUCACUCCCUCUUUGAUCGCUCGCGGCUCGACUAUCUCACCAGAAUUCUGGAAGAAAACGAUGAGGAGCUCCUCCUCCAGCUGCCACAACAACAGCAAACCUCUUACCAGGUACUGCUCCGCGAGCUCACGGAAUGUCUCUCCCCCAAUUCUUGUGCUAGAAGUUCCUUGUCAAUGGACACCGCCUCUCCUCCUCAUUCUCUCUCGCGCACCUCCACCGUCUCCUUCCACAGCUUGCUCAUGGACUGCGCCCGAGCCGUGGCUGCCAACAAUUCCACCGAAGUCAAUGAGCUCGUGAGAGAGAUCAUAACUUUAGCCUCACAUCAGUCGCGUCCGGUGGAGAAGGCCGCGCUCUACUUCACCAACGCGUUCGUCGCGAGGCUGGCCGGGUGUGGAGCUCGGAUGUACGCCGCGAUGCGCCAGGACGUGACGAGGAUGCAGAGUAUCUCCAUCCGGAUGAAUCUUCCCAGCCUCCGGGCCACGGAGCGCUUCGCCAACCAGAUGAUCCUCGAUGCCUGCCGUGGUGCCAAGCGUGUCCAUAUCGUCGACUAUGGGAUCCUCUACGGCGACCAGUGGCCGUCUCUCAUCAAGGCGCUGUCCGAGAGAGCCGAGGGGCCGCCACUGUUCAAGAUCACAGGCAUUGACUUCCCGUCCCUUGUCAACCUCGAGAAAACUGGAAACCGGCUGGUCGACUACGCAGAGUCGUGUGGGAUGCACCUCGAGUUCCACUCCAUCGCCACCGCGGCGUGGGAGUCAGCGCAGCCGAGAUACCAUCUCUUCAGCGAGCUUCUCUUCGUCAACUGCCAGCUGAGGAUGCGGCACAUCCGCGAGGACGGGAUCAUCGACAGCCCCCGGAAGCUCUUCUUCGAGAAGAUCCUCAGCUUCAAGCCUGUUAUGUUUUCCAGCUUCGACGGGGCCUGGAGGAGCUUUCUGGCGAGGAUGGAGUCGUUCGAGGAGACGAUGAAGCUUGGGUUGAUCGACCAGUCGCAGCUCGACUUCAUGGAUAAGUUCAUCGAGAAGUGCGCCAUGGGUGUCAUUGCCUGUGACGGGCAGAACCGUGUGGAGCGUAUCUCCUCGUACAAAACCUGGGAUCGCCUGGCUCGGAAAGGCCAGUUCGGACAGCUUCCAGUCAGCAAACAAGCGCUCGAGAUGGUCAUGUCCGUUUGGAGCGGACACGAGAACUUCACGUACGGAAUGGACGAGAACUGGCUGCUGCUUGGCUGGAAAGACGCAGUCUUGAAUGCUUUGAGCGUCUGGGAGCCCAUUGAGAAGCUACCGCGCUUCAAACACCAGUGAUCCACCCUGUACCUAUAUUCUUUCUCUAACUUCUUUGUUCCUGA